AAACACAAAAUUUGCUUUUUGAUUUUUUAUUUUGAUUUUUUCUUUUGUUCCCACACAAGGUAAAUCUCGUUAGUUUUUCGUAUUGUCAAAUCAAAUGAUGACCAAUUCAACAUCAACUAGUAAUGAAUUGGACAUUCUAAAUGCUUCCAGAGGUGUUUGGUUGGUAAAAGUGCCCAAAUAUAUGGCCAAUGAAUGGGAAAGUGCUCCAUCAAUGGCUGAACUUGGUCGACUUAAAAUCACCAAUCGAGGAGCAGGAAUUAAACCUGAGAUAUUUUUUGACCUCUCUAAAGAUGUUAUGGAAAGAGCUAAAGCAAAAUCUGGUACAACUUCUAAUGAUGUAAAUAUACCAAAGGAACAUCAAUUUGUCAUUAGUGAUAUUUCCCAUCAACAUUUAGCUGUUUUCUCUCAUCCUACUGAUGACAAAUCAACGAAUGGAUCGGGUCUCGUUUUAGAGGGAAAUGUUGUUCAAAAAGCUGAAUGUCGACCCACUGGCGAUAUGAAUUAUAUGAGAUUAAAAGCUAAACAAAUGGAAAAAGCCAAUAAACCUCAAAGAACCGUAUUAAAGUUAGAUCAAACACCGAUCAGCUAUUUACCAGUUUCGCAUCAUAAAGUUGAGGUUAUGAAUGAUGCUAGGAAAAAGGCUGAAGGUAAAAGAUCUCGUGAAGAAAAAGACAAAGUGAUGGAAAUGUUAUUCACAGCCUUUGAGAAACAUCAGUAUUAUUACAGUAAGGAUUUGGAAAGAAUCACAAAACAACCAAGUACUUAUUUAAAAGAAAUUCUGAAAGAAAUCUGUGUAUACAACACUAAAAAUCCUCACAAGAAUAUGUGGGAACUGAAACCAGAAUAUCGUCAUUACGAGGUUACUCAAGAGAAACCAACAGAACAAGGUUGACUGAUUCCAUUGAUGCUUCACUUAGAAGAGAUGUCAACAAUUAUAUCCGAUUCCCGCCAUGUUGCUGUUCACCAUCAGAGAACUUCUCUUUCUUUUUCUCUUCAUGAAACAUCUUUUUUUCCCCUUGUCAACUGUUAGUUCCUUCUCAUCAUCCUUUUUGCUCCCUUUCUCUUCUCACUUGAAGAUGGAACUAAAUUCACUUUCCUUUUAGAAAACCUCUGAGAUUGAAAGAAAAAAAUUUCUCCUUUUCAUCAACAAACAACACAA